CGUGGGCACCCGGUUGCCACCACAGAUGGUGGCACUGAACAGGGAUGAGCCGUGGCUCAUUGGCGUGGGAAGCAGCAGAGACCUGAUCGGAGUGUGGGGGCUCUCCAAAGCCAUCGGCAGUGCUGCUGACACCUGCGCCUGUCCCACCCUGUGGCACCCGUGGGGUUUUGGCUGGUCUUGGCCACGUCAAGAGUGAGAUAAGGGGACCUUGUGCCUGGGAGUGUGGUGAUGUGAGGGGGGCAGUGUCCUGGGGCAGUUGGUGCUCAGGGUUGGGGGCAGCAGAGCUGCCCAGCACCUCACUGAUGGCAUCGUGGGUGGGGGGCUGCCCACCAGCUCUGCGCCAGGAGGGACCUUGCCCAUUUCCAGAGCAGGGCCAGGUGUCCCCGCCAUGUCCCAGCACGGUGCCAGCACACAACGGGCAGAUGUGGCCGUUCCCAGGUGGGACGCUGAGUGCGAUAAGAUGGGGCAAUGAGGAGCUGAGGAGCCCCUGUGGCCCCAGCGUGGGACAGUCCCCACAUGUCAGUGGCAGGCGGGGCCACUCCAAGGUCCCUGGCAGUCCGGACACCAUAAGAGGGGUGAGCAGCCCCACCGCAGCACCUUUGGUCAGCACAACCAUGCUGGGAGCCGUCUGUCUCGUCGUGCUGCUGGGCUACGCCUACGGAUGCGGCCAGCCGGCCGUGCCGCCACAGCUGGGCGCCCGCGUGGUGGGCGGUGAAGACGCCGUAGCCCACAGCUGGCCAUGGCAGAUCUCGCUGCAGUACAGCCGCUCUGGGUCUUGGUACCACACUUGUGGCGGGACCCUGAUUGCCCCUCAGUGGGUGCUGACGGCUGCCCACUGCAUCAGCUCUUCCAUGACCUACCGUGUGGUGCUGGGCAAGCAGGACCUGAGUGAGGAUGACGAGCCCGGUUCUGUGGCCGUGGGUGUGGAGAAGAUGAUCGUCCAUGAGAAAUGGAACUCCUUCCUCAUCAUCAACGACAUUGCCCUGAUCAAGCUGGCAGAGGAGGUGCAGGAGAGUGACACCAUCCGUGCCGCCUGCCUGCCGGACGCUGGCAAGAUCCUGCCCAACAACUACCCCUGCUACGUCACCGGCUGGGGACGCAUCAGGACCAACGGGCCCCUGGCUGACGUCCUGCAGCAGGCUCUGCUGCCCGUGGUGGACUAUGAGACCUGCUCCCAGAGGGACUGGUGGGGCAGCAACGUGCGCACCACCAUGGUGUGCGCCGGCGGUGACGGCGUCGUCUCUGGAUGCAACGGCGAUUCCGGCGGCCCCCUGAACUGCCAGCGCGACGAUGGCAUCUGGGAGGUGGAGGGCAUCGUCAGCUUCGGCUCCGGCCUGAGCUGCAACAUGAUCAGGAAGCCGACGGUCUUCACCCGGGUGUCCGCCUACAUCGACUGGAUCAACGAGGUGGGUGCCCCUUCCUCUGCCCCCACACAGGGGCUGUUCUUGCCCCACUGAGGGCCUUAUCAUGACCCCCCCCGUGUCUCGUUGGCAGAAAAUGAGUGCGAACUGAGGACGCAGCACGUGGAGAUACAAUUGUUGAGCAAGAUAAAAGCGGAAGUGCUGA